UCUCAGUGUAUAUUCAGCGUUCAAGGAAAAAAACAGAGAAACAAACAGAGAGGAAUUCGAAUAAUGUCAGGAACCUCGAGGCCUCAGUUUGUUCUCUUCGGUUCUUCCAUUGUUCAAUUUGGUUUCUUCGGUGAAGGUUGGGCUGCUACUCUUGCUCACUUGUACGCUCGCAAGGCUGAUAUAAUCAACCGAGGAUACGCUGGUUGGAAUACAAGGCGUGCUCUGCAGGUUCUGGACAAAGUUUUUCCCAAGGAUGCCCGUGUACAACCUUCAUUGGUCAUCGUCUACUUUGGAGGCAAUGAUUCUUCGUUUCCUGACCCAACAGGAUUCGGUACUUCUGUGCCUCUCGAAGAAUAUAUCGAGAAUAUGAAAAAGAUCAUUAACCAUCUCCAGAGCCUCUCAGACACUACUCGCAUUAUUGUACUGAGUGCUCCUCCCAUCGACGAUGUAGCGCUUAACAUACAAUUCGCAAGAAGCAAUGGGAAACCAUCGAGGACGAACGAAACUUGUCGAGUGUAUUCAGAGGCAUGUUUGGAACUGUGUCAGGAUAUGAAUAUCAAGGCCGUUGAUCUAUGGACUGCUCUUCAGAAAGUGGAAAAAUGGCAAGAGGCCUGUUUUAUCGAUGGAAUUCAUCUGUCACCUGUGGGAAACAAGGUUGUGUUCAAAGAGGUAUUGAAGGUUCUGAAAGAGGCAGAUUGGAAGCCUAGUCUGUAUUGGAAAUCGAUGAAAAAUGAGUUUGACGAAGAUUCACCGUACGAUCCAUUUUUUGAUGAUGGAAGACCAUAUAAUAAUCUUUCGAACUGGGUCCUCCCUGACAACGACUACUGGGAUUAGAAGUGUGUAUCCUAAUUUAGUGAAUUGUUUGCAGAAGCCUUUAAAUAAAAGUGCCAUGAUAGUUUCCUUGUGUACCAUCAGAAAAUGGAGGUGGACUUCUCCGUGCUUUCUCAGUCUAUGCAUGUAAUAAACUGUUGCUUCAAUUUUUGCUCUGUUCUUUAAUAAGUGGCCUUAAAUAAAGUUGUGUGUCUUCAAUCUAA